ACACUGACAUAUAUAAGCGACACUUGAGAGCUGCGAGUUUGUUUCCGUUUGGCAUGGAGGGUGGUGAGAACAUUCUAGAUGCUAUCUACGAAGAAGAUGAUGACGAUAACUUGGACGACGUUGAGAUGCUUGAUGUUGAAGAAGGUGAAUUGGUAGAAGACAAUCAUCAAAACGGUGUCGUUGCACAACAUCAUAAUCUCACUGAUACUAACAACAAUAAUAAUCAAAAACCAAAACCUAAUCGCAAGCGUAAAUCUAAAAAGAGAAAGAAAAAGGGUUUAGGUUCUGAUUCCAUCGACAUUAACAGGUUUGUGAUAGAGACAUGUCGGCGUCUGAAAGAGAAAAAGUCAUACAUGGUAUACACAGCUGUAGGCUGCCUUGGGGUUUCUGCAUUGAGUGAUCUCGUCAAAGAGGUGGAUGCAAUACAGUCUUGUGGAGGCCAGAUGACUGCCGAUGGUAAGCGAUUUCGCUCAGGGGGUGGUGUAUUGUGGAACAUCAUUAAAGUUCGAGAACCAAAUGCCUACAAAGAGAUAAUGAAAAAAGCAAGGGAGUUUGAGAAGCAAUUCAGGCAGCCGUGUUUUCAUCAGCCACCCAUGCCAAAAAAGGAAAAGGAGGAUUCUUCUCAAGGGGUGCCCUGUAUAUUUUCUAGUGGGAGUCAGAGCAAUGUUUCCGACAAUCCUUCUUGUGCAGCACAAAUGGAAGACCAACCUAAACCAUUAGGUUCUGAAGAGAAACGUGUUUCUGUUCAUGACAGAUUAAGAGUACCUGUGUCCUAUGAUGAUGACCUGCUUGGAGCAAGCGUAGAUAAUGAUGCAAACUUAGUACCCUAAAUCGGAAAAGCCUUCAUCUUGUAACAUUUUUUUAAAAAAAUUUCUACUACCUUCUUUCUACUGUUCUUUUCAGCCUUAUUUUUGUUUCUUUGAAAACUAGUUUACAGAUGGAGGAGCAUGGAUCCAUUUGUAUUUUUUGAGGAAGGAUUUUGCCUUUUAUGUUGAAAAGAUAGGUUUUACUACAAUGGUUAAUUGGCAUUUCGAGUUUUGAUACAAAUGUAGGAUGAUAGAAGAUAUUUUAAUAUAAGAUAUACUGUUGGUCCAA